UCCGCAUCAAACAGAUUUCAUUCACUGAGUGGCCGCUCCGUAGAGAACAACAGGCUACCUCCCUCUGUCCUGUGAUGCUGCACAGCUAUGGGACAAAGGAAACCUUAUGAAUGAAGGUUGCUAUCUAACAAAGAGCCAUAAAAUCUACUUAGGAUCCUAAAAUGAUGCAGCACUGUAUAGACAGCACCUCUUUGUUUUACGUCACCUGUUUUUAAGACAUCUAUUCUGUUUUUUAACUAACUCCACAGACAUUAAUCUGAAGCAUUUCUUCUCGAAAGGCGUCACUAUUCUGUAUUCAGUUAAGUGUACUCAGUGGCUUGUAAUCAUAAGCUGAUGAGUGUUGAGCUUUUAGAGAUGCUUUUUCCGACAGAGCCAAGCUUCUGUUUAUAUGUGGAAUAAAACAUGCCCAUAGCUAGAGGGGUUCAGUCCGCCCUGGUCCUACUUGCAGGGCAGAGUCUUUUCUCCACUCAGUCCUCAUGUGGCACUAGUUUCUGACAGACCCCUCAGCACAGUCAGGAGUCGACAGGAGCUGCAUCCUCAGCUUCACCAUGACCUCCUCGGACAACUACGAAACGGGGAGCGACCUGUCCGAGUCUCUGGAGAUCUGUGAACUCCAGGACCAGUACACGGAUCCAGAAAACGGCUUCAAGUCCAAAAGCUUACCCAUCCUCAACGGACCCUGUCAGCCGGAUCAAAAGACUGCAGAACUCAGGCUCGUCGACACUGUCCACAGCAGUGUGGCCGUGCAGGAGAGCAGUGAGCUCCGGCCAAAAACCCCAGACUUCAGCCAGGCAGAGUCCCCCUCCUCCGGGACGGACUUCUCUCCGUCUGCCUCAAGCAUAGUGGGGCUCAGCAGCUCUCUGCCUGUGGAGGGCCACAGAGCGUCUGGCUCUGGUGGCAAGAAACUGGGUUUCUCUCUCACCCGCCUUAUCCGCAUCCCAGCCAGAAAGUAUGUGCGGGUUAUCCUUAGCGACUCCCGCUGCUUUCUAUUCUGCAUGUGCUACCUGACUUUCAUCCAGUCACUGAUGGUUUCGGGCUACCUGAGCAGCGUCAUCACCACCAUUGAGAAGCGUUAUAGCCUGCGCAGCUCUGAGUCUGGCCUUCUGGUCAGCUGCUUUGACAUCGGCAGCUUGCUGGUGGUGGUCUUCAUUUCGUACUUCGGCGGGAGAGGUCAGAGACCGCGGUGGCUGGCCGUCGGUGGCGUGAUCAUCGCUGUAGGGGCAGCGCUGUUUUCCCUACCACACUUCAUCUCACCCCCAUACCAGAUCCAGGAGAUGAACUCAUCAGCGGGCCAUGAAGGCCUCUGUCAAAGCGGUAACAGCAGCGGCCGAGAUCUUGAUGUAGCAUCUUGCCCUCGAGAUCAGGAGGGGAACGAGCACAACCUGUAUGUGACUCUGUUCAUCUGCGCCCAGAUACUUGUGGGCAUGGGGUCUACGCCAAUCUACACCCUGGGGCCCACAUACCUGGAUGACAAUGUGAAGAAAGAAAAUGCAUCCCUCUACCUGGCCAUCAUGUAUGUGAUGGGAGCUCUGGGACCUGCAGCUGGCUAUCUGCUGGGAGGCGUCCUCAUUGGCUUCUACGUCGACCCCAAAACUGUAGUCAACAUUGACCAGAGUGACCCUCGCUUUGUUGGGAACUGGUGGAGCGGCUUUCUCUUGUGCUCCGUAGCCAUGCUCCUGGUCAUCUUUCCCAUGUUUGCCUUUCCCAAAAAGCUGCCUCCUCGCCACAAAAAGAGGAAAAAGAAAAAGAUCGGCUCGCCUGGGGACGUGUCCAGUGACGAUGAAAUGAUGAAGGAAAAGUCCAGUAGCAAAGGCCAGAAUGUCUCCUCCUCCAUGGGCUUCGGAAAGGACAUCAAAGACCUCCCUAAGGCAGCGCUGAGGAUCCUCAGCAACAUGACCUUCUUGUUUGUCAGUCUGUCCUACACGGCAGAGUGCGCCAUCGUCACCGCCUUCAUCACCUUCAUCCCCAAGUUUAUUGAGUCACAGUUUGGUAUCCCCGCCUCAAAUGCCAGCAUUUACACCGGUUUGAUCAUCGUACCCAGUGCCGGGGUGGGCAUUGUGCUGGGGGGCUACAUCAUCAAGAAGCUGAAGCUCGGCGCCAGAGAGUCGGCCAAGCUGGCCAUGAUCUGCAGCGGUGUGUCUCUGCUCUGCUUCUCCACACUCUUCAUCGUCGGCUGUGAGAGCAUCAACUUAGGAGGCAUCAACAUACCCUACACCACCGGGCCGACCCUGACGAUGACCCACAGAAACCUGACGGGCAGUUGUAACGUGAACUGUGGCUGCAGGAUCCACGAGUACGCUCCGGUCUGCGGCUCUGAUGGCAUCACCUACUUUAACCCAUGCCUGGCUGGAUGCAGCGCUGUGGGCAACGACAGCACAGGGAUCAGGAACUACACAGACUGCGGCUGUGUGCAGAGCAGACAGGUCAUCACACCGUCCUCUGGCGGUCAGGUCAACCAGCUGCAGCUAGUCAUCGUUAAAACCUACCUGAACGAGAAUGGAUACGCCGUGUCGGGGAAGUGCGACCGCACCUGUAACACUCUCAUCCCUUUCCUCAUCUUCCUCUUCAUUGUCACUCUGAUCACCGCCUGUGCCCAGCCCUCCGCCAUCAUCGUCACACUCAGGUCUGUUGAUGAACAGGAGAGGCCUUUUGCGCUUGGCAUGCAGUUUGUGUUGCUCCGAACUCUUGCCUACAUCCCCACACCCAUCUACUUCGGUGCUGUUAUUGACACCACCUGCAUGCUGUGGCAGCAGGACUGCGGUGUGCAUGGCUCCUGCUGGGAGUACGACGUAACCUCCUUCCGAUUUGUCUACUUUGGCCUGGCUGCCAGCCUCAAGUUCGUCGGCUUCAUCUUCAUCUUCCUCACCUGGUACUCUAUUAAGCACAAGGAGGAGCGUACCGAGCGCUGGCGCCAGCACCUGCCUCCACUGGGCACCGUCAGCGAGCUCAUCUGCCAUGCCGGCGGCCAGAAGAGCCACGCACGCACCCGCUCCUGCCCCAUCUUCAUCCCGCCGCGGGCCGACCAACCAGCCGCCCUGCUGCUCACCCGCGGCCACAGUAGCCUCAGCUGCCCAGGCAAUGCCCUCAAAGCAAUAACCCCGCCUAUCCUGUUGCCACAUCACCACAGAGGCUCCGCCCAUGUCUGAGAGCCACAAAGCCUGGGCUUCAUCGUGACAUGUGCCUUUCUGUUUGUGUUUCUGCACCACACAGUGUCUGCGCCGCACCAAUCAGACACCUGGUUUGGCUUUAGCCUGCUCCUCAACUGACAGGAAGACACACAGGUGCGCCCACCUCACCUAAAGGGCUGCUCAUUGUCGUUUAUUAUAACAGGAGGCUGACCGAUGAUCUUUUACUCUCAGCAUAUCAUCAGCUGCAGCCACACAAACAGUCAGACCUCCACCUCAAGGUUCGGAUGAUGUAAAGACGUCACACGGUGCUACUGUUAGCGGGCAGGGCAUUACAAUCUCCUUACAGACAUCUAAAGCACAAGUGACAAACCUGUACUAUGCAAGAUCCAAUGUACAGCGCCUCCCUUCUCAGUACUGUACAGCUCUCUCUCUCUCUCUAUACUAGAUCUGAAGCUCUUCUGUCUUCCCUGCCUCAUUCAUUCAGACCAAUGUGUUGUUGGCUAAUUCAUAAUCCUGUUAUUUUGUUGUUGUUCUGAGCGCUGAACAUAUCAGCCAUCUCCUUGUUUUUUUUAGCCAUUCCAUCCAUCUGAUUUAGUCCUCUCACAUCUUUAUUCCCCUCACAUAUUUUCGUAACAGUGCCUCUCAGGCUGUCUCGGCCAGUCCAGUAUACAAAGCUAGCUACCAGGUUACAUGCUAGCUACCGAAAAAGCCAGUUACUGUUCUCUAUGUGAGCGACGUCAUUCUGCUUUGUUUCCCUCAGCUUUGUGUUGAGGGACAGACAAAGUUCCUUGCCUUGAAAGGUAAACAUGUAGCUUAAAGCCCACAAGCACCAAUGGUACAGUGUUAAACGACUUGUGAAAAGUCAUGUCUUGUCAGGUAGCUAGAUAUCUUUAUUUCGUUCUCAUGAAACUUCUUUAUUCAUACAAAGAGUAACUAGAAACAGGAGAAGGUUUCAUAUCUCUGACCAUGUGCUGAAGCUACUGUAAGUCCUAAACAUGUGAUUGUACUUGAACUGGAAACAUAAUGGAGAUUCAGAACAUGCAACAAAAUUGUACUUUUUUUCUUAACAAAUUUCACCCAUUUUUAAAUCUCUUCAAAGUAAAAUUAUUUGUAUCUAUUGUAACAUUAAAAAAAUAGAAAAGAUGCAUCAUUUUGGCUUUGUGCAAUGGCUUCUCCAUUUGUAUGGUCAUUAGAUGUAAAUAGUAGUGAUCUAGUAGAUUAGACUUAAAGAAAAAAAAGAUGAUGCAGAAAGCAUGCUCAACAACAGUGAACCAACUUUUAUCAGUGAAACUAAUGUGGCGCAGAUUUUUCCAUUUCUGGGUGUUUGGUGCCCUCUAGUGGACGGUGAGAAGAUUGUGUGAAGGCCAGUGAAUGUUGCUGUUUAUCAGACCUACUGUGCUAUGAGAUUCUUGGUUAAAAGGUUAAUAUUUAAACUUAAACACUGCACUGAACUUAGCUUUUUUUUUUUUUUUUUU